AUGGAAGAAACCGCUGUAGUGCUUACGAUCAAAGAGCUAGUCCUCCGUUUUCAACCACUCACCGCUACUUCUUCUCUCAAAUCCAAAACAAAAUCAACUAACCAAAAACCCCAAUUCCAAACACCACCACCGCCUUCUACUUCCACUUCCACAAACCCUAACCCUAACUCUAAACCCAAAAUUCUGACUCCUCUGAACCACUCAGCGACCUUACUCGGAACUUUAACUCUCCCAACCGAAACCCUAAGUUGUCCGAACAGGAAUUGCUUUCGAUUCUCUGAUGAUUCAUCCACAAUCUGCUGUGAUAUUCUUGAUUUCAAUGUCAAUAUAAUCGGGAAGAGGAUUCGAGUUCUGGCUUGGAAUUUCGUUCCUUUGAAACAUUUCUGUGGUGGUGGAUUCUUAGAGAUUAUCAAAUGGAGUUUUGUAGAUUCAACUAGUAGUGUACUAUUUCGCAGUUCAAGUUCAUUAGAUUCAUUUCCAUUAGUUUCAGGUUCGCCCUCUAAUAAGGAAGACCAAUUGAAGGCACGUUAUAGCGUUAUGGGUCCAAUUGAAUCGAUAAGUCCUGUUUUCAUUGUUCCGUGUUCAAUUGGUGAUAGUAAAUCACAGAAUCUUCGGGGGUUUAUUGUACGAAUUAUGGUUUGUCAGUGUAAAUUGUGUAAUUCUACGGAAUCAAUUAUGUUUUUGCACAGGUUAGGUCAAGGAAAUGACCCUCAUUCUUUUAUAGAACCUUUUUUUGUGUAUUUUUGUGGUGCUUCGUGGUGUUGGCAUCCUGUGAUUACAAAGCUUGUAGGGAAUGCGAUUAUGCUAUCCGGGUUGAAAAAGAAGUUAGUUUUUAUAGGGAAAGAGGAGUCUCAAUUGAUGUUUGUGACUACGGAAUAUUCUAUUUUGCAUUUGCCAAGAGUGUUGAAGAAAUGGUUACCGUUUUCGAGAAAUGUUAUUGGGGGGAAUGGGGAAUGUGGUGUUUAUACUGGUGUUGUUAAAGGUGUGUAUAUGCAAGGGAUGGUCGUUGAGUUGGAUAAAGAAGUGUGGCUUUUAUUAACUGAUCAGCUUGUUACUGCACCACAUAGUCUCAGGGAGGGUGCGAUUAUAUUAGCGAUGAAUGUCCAUUUUGUUAAUCCAAAAUUUUCUUGGACUAAAAUUCUCAUACUUGGGGCCUGCUUCAAGAGCAGUAUCACUGUGGCGUCCUUCUCCCCAUUGGAAACAGGAUGCCAUAUAGUCUCACAGUCACAGAGUCAGCUGGGAAAGUUCAUCGAUUCCUUGACAUUUUCUGCCAGACUAUGGACACUACUUGUCGUUUCAUGCUUCCGAAAGAAGUUUGCUGGGAUUUUAUCUGAAAAGGAGAUUCUGGGAUCCAAGCAUUUUGGGGUACUGACAGAGUUUUGCAGGCAUGAUUCCUGUGGCUGUGGUAGCAAGCCAUAUCGUGGUAACCUAAAAUUGGUGGCACCCAUCUCAAUUUUCCUCGGUCAUUGUGAGAACAUGUGGAUGAGAACAGCAUUGAAGAACUGUCAUACUUCGCAUGACAAAUAUCACUUCAACUUUUUGUCACAUGAAAGGAGAUUUAAUUGUCGGCCAUUGAGGAUGAUUUUUUCAAGUGAAGAUAUAGGCAUCCUUUUGCUUGGAAAUCUGGAGAUCUCUCCAUCUUCUGGAAGGUUGCAGUUGGUUGAUGCAACUGGCAGCAUGGAUGUUCUAAUACCUGACCUUCCAUCCACUUGGAAGACCAGCAGCAUCUAUGAGGUUGUUAAAUAUAGUGUCAUUAUGGAAGGCCCGCCUAAAGUUAUGGAUUGUUUGGGAUUGCUCAACAGAACUUCAAAGUGGAAGAUUUCACUUAAUUUGGAUCUCACACAAAUAUCCUGUGCUACAGCAGGUGAUCCAGUGAUACCAAACAGGGACACUGUAUUUGUUGAGGCUAUUGUCCUGCCUUGGGACCUGUCUAUUGCAGGCAUAGAUCCAAUUGCACAUUCAGGUGAGAUUUCAAGGAAUUGGCUGAAUGAAACCUUGGGACAUUAUAUUGGCAAGAAUUACCAAGAACAUUUACCCAAUAAGAGGUGUAAAAUCGAUUGCACAUCAAGCCAGGAUUUUGUUUUAGAUUUGGUUGAUGAUCACAGCUAUGUUGGCAGUGAGCUGAGCACUUGCUCUGGUUCUCUUAGGGAAUCAACUGAGUGGAAAUGUCGAGAACUGAGCUCUACUCAUGAAAUUCCAUGUUUGGCCAUUGUUAGAAAUGCCAAAGGUCACAACUUGGUUAGUUCAGGGAAGUUGUGCUGCACAAAGUGCAAGGUAAAGAUUGGUGCUGAUCAUAAACCAAUUGGCAGGAAGAUAUUGGUGGAAUUCAGUGCUGACAUUUUAUCCAAGUAUCAGGACUGCAACAGUAUUGGCAGUGGUAAAAUUGACAUCUCUUCUGAAAUGCAUCUGUGGAGCCUCUCAUUCUCUUCUGAUGAUAUUGUUACAAAUGAUAAAUCAUUAGAUGAUGCUCCUCGCAAUGAUUCUUCUUUCAGCAAUGAAGAGGUUCUGAUGAGAGAUCAAGUUGAACUACUUCUCAAGAGGUCUACUGGAAAUUCUCCAGAAUGUUUUUCAGAUGUUCUGCUUCAUCUCUCUGCUGAUAUGAUGCAUCUUUUGGCACUGGAGCUUAGCAAAAUGAAAGAGGGCUUCAUGCCAGUUGUGAUGUCAGGAGAUGCUUUUAAUGGAUCUCCUCACAUUUUGACCAAAAUUUCUGCAUCUAAUAUGCCCUUUGCAUCAUCUUGUUCUAGUUGCCUUUCUCCUGAAGGAAAUUUAGUAUCUGUGCUUGGCAAUGUGGUUACAUUUCAUCGUUUAGACUCCAAUUUGGCCAAUGCUCAUUCAAGCUGUGACACCGUGAGUGACAUUCCUCACAUGGGAUGCUUUCAGCGGAUUCCAAGUAGUUAUUGUAUCCAUGUUUUAGUGGGCAAGCAAAUGGUGAGAAUUUUUGGGUCUCUGAGAAAACAUGCAUAUGCUGUUGGAUUUGGAGCGGGUGUGAAUGCCACAUUUCAUCGAGUUCUUAAAUUGAGUUACUGGUCUGAAAAGAGUGUAGAAUGUGGUAUGAAGCAAUGUAGGGUUCCUGAAAUAUCUAUUUUCACAAUCUAUGGUCAGGAAGUUCAGCUGGGUUCAAAUAGAUUGAUGCUGACUCCUGUUUCGUUUAUAGUGAUCAACUCCAUAAGUGUUGCAAAUGAGGUGUACCAUGAAAACUCUUCUGAUUUCUGGUUUGAUUUAUAUAAAUCAUCAGCUGCCUCUUUGGACAAACUUUCGUCUGUUAUGAUUUCAGAAUUCAUUAAAUGCACAGAGGGCAAGCCUGUUAAGUUCAAUUGCAGGGUUGUUGCUGUUCAUGUCCUGAUUCUGGAGAACAGAAAAUAUGAUUUACUAUCAAAAGUUCAAUCCAGGCAACAUUUUGUUGACAUUCCACUCGCAGCUUUUGUGUUGGAUGAUGGAUCUUCUUCAUGUUAUUGCUGGGCUAAUGCUGAAAGAGCCGCAACUUUGUUAAGGCUGCAUGAAGAACUUCCAAUGAGAGCAUUUGAAAGCAGUGGCUGCACAUUAAAGUGGGUGGGGACAGACAAGAGUUCCUGGAAAACCACUAUGGGUCAUCUUGCAAGGAUUUUAAAGAAGCAUAAGAGGAUUAUUGUGAAAAACCAUGGGUCAAUGGUAGAUUCUUCGUAUCAAGAUUUAACUGUUUCUGUCAGUUCAGAUGAUGACAUCAGCAGCUCAGAUGAGAACCUCGUGAAGUUCAUAAUUUUCCAUGCUUGCUUUGGAACAUUUUGGACUGUUACUGCCAGUGCAAUGGAGUUGAAUGCGGUUAAUCAGUUUGAAAAGGAGCACCUAAUGCAAAUGGAGAUGACCCUGCAAUCCAUGCAGAAUGUAUGGGCAAUGGAAGUUUGUUACACAGAUACCCUUACUGAAGCCUGGAAGAUGGUUCAAGAACAGCUAACUGUUCGUUCCUCUUACCACUAA